CAACAUUCUGUCAAAACAAGCAUCUACGAUUUCCAACAAUACCUAGGUAUCAUCAAGCAAGUAUCACUAUUUAAAAUACUUGCAACUAGACAAGCCAUUUUAAUUCAUGGUACGAAAUGCAGCUAUUGUCGACGGGUCUCUUCUUCUGCUGUCUACCGAGCUAAACAACACGUUUCCUGGAACGAAAAGCAUUUAUUUAUGAGCACGAGAUCCUAGGCAGUGAACGGAAUAUCUUUUUCUAGCGAUAUUUUAAGCAGAACGAUCGACCUUAAACCGAUACAUCUCCAUCGAAGAAAAUGUCGAAACAGCAAGGCAAAUACGAGUUAUUAAAGGAAGAUACGAAGCUAAGGAGACAACAUACCUAUAUUCAGAGCUGUUUGCUUAUCGCUCUUUGUGGCAUGUCAAGCCUUACGGUGUACGCAACCUGGACUAUGAUAUAUCGACAGAAUCUAAUUAUUCCACCGGCACUUAUAGAUGUAUCACUUCACUGGCGGAAUAGACUAGUACUAUAUGAAGAAGCGUUACGCCAUACUCUGAAACAGCAGCAGCAAGAAUUGUUUCCAAACUAUCAGGAUACUCCCCCCCUUGAAAGCGCUGAUAAGGAAACAAUUGUAAAAAGUAUUUACGCAAAAAAUGGAUCAACCAUUCUACCGGGUAAUAUAUUUGGUGCGACGAAUGACACUCGUAGCGCUGAUAGAAACAUGAGCAAUUCUUCUGAACCGUUGCGAGUGAAGGAGUUGGACAGUGAGCGAAUAUUUCCAUCCCGGUUCGGAAAUUACAUCUACUCGAAGGAAGCAAUGAACGGUCAGCCACCGAGUCCAAAAAUUGUUUGCUAUUAUACAACCCCGGCACUGCAUCGAACAGGAGUUAUCGGGCGUAGCCAUAAUCUACGGCACAUUCUUCAGCCGGAGCAUAUCGAUCCGUACCUUUGCACGCAUCUCAACAUCGGGAUAAUCGAUAUCGUCAACAACACGCUCUUCAUCGAUGAUUAUGUACGGGAAGCCCUAGUGCGUACGAAACAACUCAAACGAGUUAAUCCGUCAUUACGCAUUUUGCUUUGGAUUGGCGGUGGUAGCGUCGGUGGGUUCGCAGCCAUGGUAGAGAACCAUGCCAAUCGCAAACAGUUUAUACAGUCGAUUAAAGCAGCGUUGGAGCUGUAUCAUCUGGAUGGUGUUGAUCUAGAUUGGGAAUUCCCUGAUAAUGGUGGUAAGCGACGAAUGCAUUUUUCUCAGCUGCUGCAUGAGAUACGGCGCGAAUAUCAGCGGGAGCACCGGACGUACAUACUGAGCGUCGCCGUUGCGCCACAGGAAACGAUCGCCUACAUGGCGUACGAUGUGAUGGAAAUCAACAACUACGCCGACUAUGUAAACUUGAUGACAUACGAUUAUCAUUUUUACUCGCCCGAUCUACCACAAACAGGAUUGAACGCACCGCUGUAUCGGAGAGCAAAUGAACGUUCCCUGUUGGGCACGCUAAACAUUAACGAAUCCGUACACUACUGGCUAUCAGCUGGGUUGGAGAAAAGUAAAUUAAUACUGGGACUUCCCACGUACGGCCACUCGUUCACCCUAGUCAAUCCGUUCAAUACACGCAUUGGCGCCCCGGCGUCCAAUUAUGGUCGCGUGGGCCUGUUUGGAUUUGCAUCCUACUCCGAAAUAUGUUGGUUCCGCCGGUACAACAUCUACGUCCAUCAGGUGUACGAUGUGGAGAGCUGUUCGCCCUACAUAUAUUCCGGCAGCGAAUGGAUCUCGUAUGAAGACGAGCGUAGCCUCGAGUGUAAAGCCAAAUACAUCAAGGAUCACGAGUUCGGUGGUGCGAUGAUCUUUUCCCUCAACACGGAUGAUUUCGGCUCGUACUGUGCGGACAAUGCACUGUACGGGGAUGGUUCAUCCGUACAGCCAGGUAGUUUUCCACUGUUGCGCAAGGUACGGUCCGUGCUGGUAAAAAAUAAUACCGACAAAUCUACGACAUACCAGCAGCCUAAUGGAGCCAAACAAAAAUACCAACCAGACAAAACGUCGGCCGCGUCUGCUGCGACGGAGGAAAGAAUAGAGGAAAACCGGUGAACCACCGUCAUUCCCUUACGUUCACUAAACGAAAGUUCCAGGAUAGGCGCAUCGCUAUUGCUAAUGCAAUAAUACAAUGGUGGAAGUGUGUAAAAUUAGCAAUGAUUGGACCGGCUACGAACGGAAGCACCUGAAGUGCCGUCUAGUGUUAGUGGAUACUGUUUGAUACGCUAUUUAUGUUUCCCAUUUCAUACUUGUUUCUUCUUUUUUUGCCCCCCUUGCCACAAUUUGCCACACAUGAACGUGAUCAAUGAACCAUUUGUGCUUCCUCCAGUGCUGCUGAAAUUGUGCAAAACACGCUUCACCGUAAUGUUUGUAAUUAAAUUCUAGUCAUAAUAUGCAAAUCGGAGGUGCAUUUUUUUACUGCUUAACAUUUUUAAUAAUGCAAAAAGUGUUUUAAUCGAAACGUUGUUGCAAAAUCGCCCUGAAAGUAUGAUGCAUGUGUUUCUUUUCUGCACGGCAAUUUAAUAGAAAUUCAGCCUUUUGUACGAUAUUACAUAGAUUUGUUUUUUUUUUGUAAGUCAGUAAUGAAAGCUCUUUUUUUGUUCAUGCUUCAUAUUUUGCUGCCGAGAUCAACUUUUUUUUGUUGCUCUCUGUUCUUUGUUUUUAUUCUCUAUCUCUAUCUCCCUAAAAAAAACAUACCGUUCGUGAAGGUGUCUAUUAUAUCUUAUUCCAAUAAUCAUUCCGGUCAAUGUUACGUGAACUAUGCAAAUGUAAAUAGUUUUUUUUACAGCACAAAUGCAGCCGAACAUGUGCUUAUGUAAUGAAAUUUAAAUUAGACAAAUUAAUCGUCUACAAGUAUGGUGAAAAGACAGGGGAAAAAACAGCAAAAUAUUCCAAACUAGAGGAAUGGACACCAGAUAGAUUAUCAAUGUACCAAUUUAUUGUCUUCCAGCAAAGUAAAAGAGGCCUGUAUAGUUCUUUGCGCGCUGCGUCUGCAAACUGUGUCCAGCCCCCAGCACACCCUCCAUUGUUUCACACUUAUUGAGGCUAGCAAUUGAUUUGAUGGAAAGGUAUUCGAUUUUUAACGCCUCGAGAAAAGAGUUUAGAUGUACGAAGAAUUCAUAAAAAUAAUUAUAAUGAAACAAAAAAACGUAAUAAGUUCCAGUAUGUGUAGAGAGACGAUUGCCUCUACGGUAGGCAAAUGUAAAAGAAUGCAAGGACAGCAGAACGGCCUUCAUCGGAUUCUAAAACGUUAACUGAAACAUGUGCCUCUGAUUGAAUCCGUUCUCCGUUUGUUUGCUUUUUUUUAUAAAUACAUUAAUUUAUAUGUUCAA